AUGGGCAGAGAGUUCUCGGAGAAGCUGAAACUCCUCGGCAUGACGGUGGCGGACCGCCUGGCACAAGUCUCAGGAGCUGAUGAGCUCAUCCAGAAACUCCCUGCAACCAGAUUCCCGCAAGUACCCUUUAAAGGAGAUCCUUCUGACCUUUUCAAACGUUUCAUCGAUGCUGAAGACAGGGUGCCCAUCAGCGUCCUGCUUAUGGACAAAGGCCUGCGCCGGGCAGCCUUAAAGCUGUCCGGCGAGGGCGGCCGAAGCCUGGCGCGUGCCUUCGAUUAUUUGCAGAAGGCGGCGGAAGAGAACGAGGAUCUCGCUGUGACGCAUCUGCCUCGGGCCCUGGUGCGGCUGGCGAAGCCGAAGGAGAUGCCUCCAGCCGUGGCGGAAGCCAUGAGGCGUGUGGAAGCUGAGGAGGCGCAAGCCAGGGAGCGGGCCGAAGCCGCGGCGGCGCAGCCGGCGGUGAGCAUCCCGGAAGACCCCCCGAAAGCGACGACGGCUCUGCAGCCAGCGCAGCGGAAUGUGAAGGGUGAGCUUGGGCAUUUCUUCGCAAAGAAGAUGGGUCGAGGUGCUGCGAAAGGUGACAUCAACUUUGAUGCACAGCGAGUUUCCGAUCAUCCUGCGACAUUCCGAGCCCAAUGCGAGAUUUGGGGCCGAUCCUUCGAGAGCAAAGACGCCCACACCACCAAGAAGGCUGCAGAACACGAUGCGGCCUUGACCGCGCUGGAGACGCUCCUCGCAGAAGCGGGCAUUGAGGAUCCCGGGGCUGCCGUGGACUGGAAGGGGCAGCUGCUGGGUUUCUUUCAACCGCAAGGCCAGCGAGAUCAAGUGCAGUUCGAGAUGCAGCGCGUGGGGCAGGAGGAGUCAGAAGACAAAGUAUUCCAGGCCAAAGUCACUUUGCCCAGUGGCCAAACUUUUCUCAGUGAGCCUCAGUCCCGCACGGUGCAUGGCUGCAGCGCGAAGACGCGCCGCGCCGCCGAGCAGGAUGUGGCACAGAAAGCGCUUCUGGCGCUGCAGGGCAAGGCGUCCCCGAUCCCUACUCCGACGCCUUCGGCGGCCUUUCAGCCGCCGCCGCGGCCGCACGAUCGGGAGGUGCAGAUCCUGUGGCUGCCUGCAGCGGCGAACGAGCUGCCCUUUCUGCGCCGCGUGGUGGUGGAAAGCGAGGAUUUCUUGGCGACUGCAGAAAGUCUGUUGAAGUGCAAAAACACCGUCUGCUACCCCUUGGGCUGGCAGAGGGACCGGCCGAAGGGGCUUAGCCUGUACGAGGCCAUGGAUGCUUCCGAAGUAGUGAACGAUCGGGCCACGGCAAUUGCGGGAGUAGAAGUCUUCGGCGACUCCUUCUUGAUGGACGCCAGCGCUCACUCUUCUGGUGCAGAGCUUGUCGACAUCACCCUGGCUCGCUACGAAUUUCUGAAGGCAGAGCGAGCAGGGUUCUUGCGAGAGCCUGUGCCGGCGCUGAACCACAGUCGCGGCAUGCUGGUCUGUGGGCAUCCGAAGUUUCCCGAGAAUUUUUCUGCUGAGACUUGGGUGGGUCUAAACCCCCGGAGCCUGCUUAACGAUGUUGCGCGGCGGAAGGGCUUGGCGCAACCUCGGACAGACGUCAUUCUUUGCAAGGCCGCCAAGGGCCAAAGCUGGUUCCAGGGGGUGAUUUCCCUUCCCGAAAUGGGCCUCCAGGUGCAUGGUACAAUGGCCACGAACAAGUCGGAAGCGCAGCAGCAAGCCGCCGUGAAAAUGCUGCAGAGGUUGCAGGAGGAAGCUGAAUCUGCAGGGGCCGUGUGGCAGCACCCUCUCUGCAAGUCGGCCAUGGCACCGGCCGUUCGAGGCGUGCCGCGCCCCAGCCGGAAGCCUCUGCCACUGGGUUCCAAGGUGGUCUGCAGCUACCAGAUCACGCUGGUGGCUGAAAGGGAUCAGAACGGCGUUUCCAUCGAACUGCCGUUGGAAGGUCAAGAGCGAUUGACAGCCUUCGUGGGCGGGAACAUCUUGCAUCAAGUCGUGGAGGACCUGCUCCAGCGCUUAACGCCGGGCGGGGAAGCAGUCACGGUGGAAGCUCCAUGCGAGUAUGAGGGCAACCCCUGCAAGUUCGUGAUGUCCGCUCGGCUGCUGUCAAUAACCCAUCCGGUGGAGCCGUCGCCGGAGCCUGCAAAGACCAUCAAGUUCGACCCCCCCUUGUGGAAGCAACGUCAGCGCUACAUUGUGCAGGCGCUGCAGGCGCGCAAGGUGUCGAGUGUCUUGGACCUGGGUUGCGGGGAUGGUCAGCUGUUGGAGGCUCUUGUGGCCGUCGGCCUGCAGCGUGUUUUGGGCCUCGACCUCUCGGAGAGCCGCAUCAAGACUGCUUCUCGGCGACUGGCGGAGAAGGGUGGCGAUGGGCAGCAUGUUGACGUCAUGCAGGCGGACUUCGUCAACGUGCCUGCAGAAGGAGAGCCGAAGUGGAUCUCCUUUGGGGCUGGCGUGCAGGCGGUUGUUCUUUGCGAGGUCUUGGAGCACCUCCCCGAGGUUGUUAUGCCGAGACUGCCCGGCGCUCUCUUCGGGGCUUUGCAGCCGGAAGUUGUGGUUGUCACCAGCCCCAAUGCCGACUUCGGGGAGAGCAGCGGAUCCGAAGACGAGGACGCGGGGCCUGCAGAACCUCGGCAGUUCCGGCACGCGGAUCACGAGCGAGAGUGGACGCGAGAAGAGUUCCGUGAGUGGGCAGAGGCCGCGGCCGAGAAGCACGGCUACUGGAUCUCUGAGUUCGGCGGCGUGGGAUACCUUCCCGAACAGGAAGCGCAAGGUCCAUGCACGCAGCUCGCAGUCUUCGAGCGAAAGGAUCUGGAGGAGGCGGCAGAGGAAGUGGAAGAGGCUGCUCUUUGCGGUUGGGAGACGCAGGUGGACCUCGGUUCUUUGUCUGCCAAAGCGCUGCGGUCGCAGGAGCUUGACAGCGACGGCAGUGGCCUCUUGAAGCAUGUGAUUCGAGAAGGCUCUGGGGAGCCUCCUCCGCAGCAUUCUCGGGUGAACCUGCACUACUCGACGUACCUGAUGGAUGGCAGGCGUGUGGACACCAGCCGACAGGGGAAGAGGUCGAUGCCAUGCGCCUUUCAGUUGGGCAAGCAAGAUCAGGGCGUCGAAGCAUGGCAGCUUGCAGUGCAGACCAUGAGCUGCGGCGAGGUGGCAUGGCUUCAGUGUCCGGCCCGCUACGCUUAUGGAAGCCGAGGGGCUCCAAAUAUCCCUGCAGAUGCAGAUGUCUGGUUCUGCCUGGAGUUGACCAGCACAAAGGCACCGGGCACUGUGCGGUUCCUGAGUCGUGUGGCGGAUGCUUUGGAUGAAGCAGAGAAGCACAUGGAGGUGGGACGUGCAGACAUCAAGCGCCAGGCUUUCGCGCAGGCAAGGCAAGCCUUCCGCCGUGCCGUUGCCGCCGUGCCGGACAAGCUGCUGCUGAAGCAAAGCGAUGAAAUCAUCACACGCUUCGCAAAGAUGGAGCGAGCAUCCUUGCUCAACCAGGCCCACUGCUGCCUCAAGCUCGGCGAUUCCGUGCCGGACGUCAAGUCGGAACAGCAAGCCCAUUUUCGUGAAGCUCUCCAGGCUUGCCGAAGCCUCUUCGACCGGCACGGCCCGCGUGACGUGCAUGCGGAGGGUGGCCGUCUGCCCGAAACCAUGGUCCAGGUCGCCGACUCCAUCUGCAAAGCUUCGCAGCUAGAAGAGGUGCCAUGGAUGGCGAAGGCCCACUUCCGACGUGGCCUCGCCAAGGAGAAGCUCCGCUAUCUGACAGAUGCCGUCGCUGACUACGAGGCUGCCUUGUCGCUCGAGCCGACGGACAGCGUCAUCUCCAAACAGCUGCAGCUGGUGAAAGCCCGCAAGCAGAAGGCGGAGCUGAAGCCUACACAGAUGUUCGCGGGAAUCCUGCAACGCGAGCGGGCAGAACGCGAGCGCGAGGAGGCUGCUGCGGACUUGGCAGCAAGAAAGCAGCGUCGGGAGGAGCGGCUACAACGAGAGGCGGAGCAACGCGAGCCCCAGAAGCCUACUGAGGCCUCGGAGACCUGA